AUGCGUGAGAGCAAUGAGGUGGCCUUUGCCAAUGUGAUCUUCACAAGCAGGAACUUAGAACCUGACACUCAGCAUCGAGGCCCUGCUGCUCAUUCAGAGAAUGAUCUUCCAGAGCAAGAGGAAGAAAUCCUGGGAUCAGAUGACGAUGAACAAGAGGAUCCAAAUGAUUACUGUAAAGGUGGUUAUCACCUUGUGAAAAUAGGAGAUCUCUUUAAUGGACGAUACCAUGUGAUUCGGAAGCUUGGAUGGGGCCACUUCUCCACUGUGUGGCUAGCUUGGGAUAUCCAAGGGAGGAGAUUUGUGGCAAUGAAGGUGGUGAAGAGUGCAGAGCACUACACAGAAACAGCACUGGAUGAAAUCAAGUUGCUAAAAUCGGUCCGCAACAGUGAUCCAAAUGAUCCAAGUAAAGAGAGAGUUGUUCAGUUAUUAGAUGACUUCAAGAUUUCAGGAGUUAAUGGUUCUCAUAUUUGUAUGGUGUUUGAAGUUCUAGGGCAUCAUCUCCUGAAGUGGAUCAUCAAGUCAAAUUAUCAGGGGCUUCCGCUCCCUUGUGUCAAAAAGAUCAUCAAACAGGUUCUUCAGGGCCUGGAUUACUUGCACACAAAAUGUCGAAUUAUUCAUACGGAUAUUAAACCUGAGAACAUUCUUCUGUGUGUUAACGACCAGUAUAUCCGCAGGCUGGCUGCAGAAGCAACAGAGUGGCAGAGAUCUGGGGCUCCCCCACCAUCUGGCUCUGCAGUGAGCACUGCACCACAGCCAAAACCAGCUGACAAAAUGUCAAAGAAUAAAAAAAAGAAAUUGAAAAAGAAGCAGAAACGGCAGGCUGAGUUGUUAGAGAAGCGAAUGCAAGAGAUAGAGGAAAUGGAGAAGGAAGCAAGCCCUGGCCAGACACAGCCUGAAGAGGAGGAAGAAGCUCAGAGCCCUCUGGAAAUGCUCGUAAAAGUUAGUCCAUCAGAGGAAAAUGUCAGCAAAAAGACAGCUGAAGUCAUUGUACAAGAGCAAUCUAUUCUAAUGGAAAGCAGCGUGGAAAAAUCUGUAACGGAAAUAAAUUGCAAUGGAGUGAUACAAAUGACAGACUUCCCAGACUCCGGCGGUCAAGGGUCUGUGCGACUUGAGGAUGACCUUUGUAAUGCCAAUGACUGUGGCGAUCACCCUCACACACAGAAGGAGAACUUCCAUAGUUAUAAUUACAGUCAGCGUAAUGGUGACUCAGAGAACAGACCUCAAGAAGCAAUGUUGGACUCGUUCGUGCCCUUAGUUUCAGAAGAUUCCAUGUUGUGUCAGCCCACAUCCAAUGAAGAACGAUCAUUCAAUGAGCAGGAGAUUAACCAUUUGCAAGAAAGCAUCCGGACAGAAAUACCUUCAGAGGAUGAGAAUGAGAAUAAUAGCCCGUCAGAUGACAAAGGAAAAUCAACUGCUGGGAAUUUCCUUCUUAAUCCUCUUGAGCCCAAGAAUGCAGAUAAGCUCAAAGUGAAGAUAGCUGACCUAGGAAAUGCCUGCUGGGUGCACAAGCACUUCACUGAAGACAUCCAGACAAGACAGUACCGAUCCUUGGAGGUAUUGAUAGGAUCGGGGUAUAAUACCCCUGCUGACAUCUGGAGCACGGCAUGUAUGGCUUUUGAGUUAGCAACAGGAGACUAUUUGUUCGAGCCUCAUUCUGGGGAAGAUUACUCACGGGAUGAAGAUCACAUUGCAUUGAUCAUAGAACUUCUGGGGAAAAUACCUCGCAAGCUCAUUUUGGCAGGAAAAUAUUCCAAGGAGUUUUUCACCAAAAAAGGUGAUCUGAAGCACAUCACCAAACUGAAGCCCUGGGGCCUUUUUGAAGUCUUGGUGGAAAAAUACGAGUGGUCCCAAGAUGAGGCAGCUGCAUUCACAGACUUCUUAUUGCCGAUGUUGGAGCUGAUCCCAGAGAAACGAGCUACAGCAGCAGAGUGUCUCAGGCACCCCUGGCUUAACUCAUAGAGGCUUCAACCCAAUGCUACAGCACUACGCUCUGGUUUACAGCAUAGUGUACACGUACCCAGCUGCCCCUUCCCAGAUCCAUUUUUUUUCCUUGUUCAUUUUCAGUGUGAAGUUCUUCCUUCAAGGCUUCCAAGAUUUUAGAUAAAUCUAACCUGUUCUGCUGAGUUUGCUUGUGUGACUCAAUGGGGACUCUCCUCAGCCAGUGGCCGUCAUCUGUGUUUUGCCUUGAUUGGGCUUUGCCAAAGACUAAUUGACUAGAAUAUGAAGUUUUUUUCUGAGUCUCCUUGCUGCUAAUCACCGUGUGCUACAGAUGCGAGCUCACCUGUGCUCAGAUACGCUCCCUUAGCUAAAUUGCAACUCUCCUUUCUUCAUGAGGGGAAUGUGAAGAUCUGAAUGCCUCCUUAUCUCACUGACUCAGGAGUCAAUUUCUUGCUGUUCAUCCAGUAGCUAGCAAUGGGGUGAGAAGUAACAGAUGGCACCAAGGUGGUGCUAGUUCCUUGUAGAGCAAAGACCACCAAAUCCUCCAUCAUUUUCUAGGUGUCUCCUGUAUUCGUUGCUUUCCAGU